UUUCAGUCCUUACCUUUUCCUUUUCCCCCUCUUUUUCUCUUUGUUUCUUCAGUUAAAGUUAAGACAGCAAAAUUCUAUUUUUUUUUUCAAUUCUUCUAUCUUGUUAAAGCAAUAAGUUUUAUAUCUCUCAAAACCCACAUCGACAGUUUCUUCUUUUUCCUUUUUUUUUUCUCUCUUUAUUUCUUUUCUUUAGGGCUCUUCUCUGAAGAUCUUUCUCGUGUGGGUGAAAAAAAAAAUCGAAACUUGUUCUUCUUCUCUUCUAAUUUCUCAUUUCUAAACAAAACCCACUUCUUAGAAUUCAAUUUUAGUAAGUGGGUUGUGAAAAAAGUUUUCUUUUUUUCCUUCAAAGUUAUGAGAUUUUACUAUACCCAAGUUCAUAGAACAACAAUAAGAUAGCAUAUUAUAUCUUUGAUCUCCUUUUAAUCGAAACGACCAUGACAACGAGUAUGGCAAGUACGAAGAGCAAUUUGGGGUCGAUAACGAGCUCGGAUCUUAUCGAUGCGAAACUAGAGGAACAUCAAAAGUGUGGAUCGAAGCAGUGUCCUGGGUGCGGGCACAAGCUAGAAGCAAAGCCGGAUUGGUUAGGUUUACCAGCAGGAGUGAAAUUUGACCCAACAGAUCAAGAACUGAUAGAGCAUCUUGAAGCUAAAGUUGAAGCUAAACAUGACAUGAAAUCUCACCCUUUGAUUGAUGAGUUCAUUCCUACAAUUGAAGGUGAAGAUGGGAUUUGUUAUACUCAUCCUGAAAAGCUUCCGGGAGUUACAAGAGAUGGAUUGAGUAGACAUUUCUUCCACAGGCCAUCGAAAGCUUACACAACAGGAACAAGAAAGCGAAGAAAAAUCCAAACGGAAUGCGACUUCCAAGGUGGAGGCGGUGGCGGUGAAACACGGUGGCAUAAGACCGGAAAAACACGGCCGGUCAUGGUCAACGGCCGCCAAAAGGGCUGCAAAAAAAUCCUUGUUCUUUACACCAACUUUGGCAAAAACCGAAAACCCGAAAAAACCAAUUGGGUUAUGCACCAAUACCAUUUAGGCCAACAUGAGGAGGAGAAAGAAGGAGAGCUUGUUGUUUCUAAGAUUUUUUAUCAAACACAGCCUCGCCAGUGUAGUUGGUCUUCCUCGGACAAGCCCGUCAGUGUCGGUGUUAGCCCCGAGCUUAGCGGCGACAACCUUGUUCUUAGUAGUAGAAGGGAGAGUGGGAGCGGGAGUUGUUCGUCUUCUCGAGAAAUGACCACUGGCCAGAGAGACGAAAUGUCAUCCGUAGGUGGUGGUGGUGGCAGUGGUCUUUGUCCUCCGCCGCAUAUCACUGCUGCAACAUACGCCGGAUUGGAUCACAUUCAACAAUUCAAAGCUGAUCAUUUUAGCUUUGGUCCGUUCAGAAGAACCUUUGAUGAGCCUGGCAUUGGAGAAGCUUCAACGACAAGAGAAGCUCCCCCGACCGAGGACAUCGGAGAUCAUCGAAACCACCACCACCACCUUCAGCGGCAGCACCAUCAUCCAAUGGUGACUACCGCAUUUCAAAUCACUCGUCCUUCAAAUCCAAUCUCCACAAUCAUCUGUCCGCCUCCUCUCCACCAUUCCUCGAUCAUUCUCGACCACGACUCAUACCGAGUUUCUCCACUAAUGCUGCAAAGUGAAAGCUUUCAGCAACAACAACAAGAACAACAUCAUAAGCUAGGAGGAAGGUCUGCUUCUGGUUUGGAAGAACUCAUAAUGGGUUGCACUUCAUCUAAUAUCAAAGAAGAGUCAACAAUGGGAAACAACCCUCAAGAAGCAGCAGAAUGGAUGAAGUACUCUCCUUUCUGGCCUGAACCUGACAACCCAAAUCAUCAUUGAUAAAACCAAAAAAAAAAAGGAAACACAAAACAAAACCAAAAAACACCCAAGUUUCUUCCUUAAUUAAAGAGACAACAUUAUUAUCCUCAUCAUUAUUAUUACAUAUAUCCUCUAUAUACCUUCUCCUUCCCCCCCCCCCCCCCCAAAAAAAAAAAAAAAACCCCAUCAAUUAAACAAAAUAAUCCCAUUUCACCUUUUUUUGUUCUUAAAAAAAAUUACCAAAAUCAAACCAAGUCCAUGGUGGAAAGAAGGGGGAGAAAAAGAGGGUGCAGCUUUAGAAGGAAAAAGGGUCAAAGAGGCAAGAAAAAUGCAGUGUUUGAGCCAUCAAAAUCAUCAUACUUAUCAUUACACUAUCAUCUUCUUCCAUCACUUAAUAUUCUUUCUUCUUUCUUUUCUUUUUGUUUUGAAAUUUUUGUAUAGUUUUGCUUUUGUGUUUUUUUUUUUUCACACAAAAAUAGUACAACAGAAAUUUAUAUACAUUUCUAUAUCUCAUUGAGCUUGUAUUAUUAUUAAUUAUAUAUAUUACUCUUCUUCUUAGGAAAUAUACAUAUAUACAUAUGUGGAAUUAAAUAGAUAAAGAGAGCUAUUGUUUUGAAAAAAAAAAAUUAAUGAACAAAAGAUGUCUGGCA